GUGACUGAACAUUGCUGUAUUGCUGUAACAACAUGUUAUACACCUCCAUAAUCCACCUGCCAAUCAAACACUUUCCAGACCGGCACUCUCAGUGAGAGGGGACGAUGAGAUUAGGUCAGUGAGGCGCGGUUGACCAGGAUAAUCCUUGCCAAUCUCAUCUAUGGGAUAACACAGCUUGCCUCUCCUCCCACAGACUACUCCAUGCCUCAGUGUCAUACAGGCAGGUAUAAAGAAGCAGAAUGUCUGAUGGACACCACUCAUAUCGCAUCUAAGGAUAUCUAACAGUCCUCCGUGCUUCUUUUAAACACAUCAUUGCAAUUAACUUGAAACCAUGGCAACCUCCACCAGUGCUGACCAGAUCUGUUCACCGGCUGCCACUAAACUGCCGCCAUCUUCUGUCCAGGUGAAGGAAGACCCUCUGUCUGCAUCCUUCCAACUCUUCAGUCUGAUUGAAAUGCGGGAUAGAUUCCUGGAACAAGUCCGGGUAAUAGAUACCUACAUACUGGAACUGUCCGAGAAGAUCGUGAGAGAUGCAGACAAUGGCGGCCAUAUUGGACAUGGGUUACUUCUGCUCAACAGGAAGUGUGCAGCUGAAGGUGUCCGUCAGGUGUACCUACGACUGGCCACAAACAAGAGGAGACAAGUCAGGCAGUGCUACAACUUCAUCAGACAAAACUACGAGAACCAGGACUAUCUUUCAGCAUCUGAUGUGGAUGAGUCACAUGUCCACGAGGUGACGAAGAUUGCUCGAGGACUUAGUAUGGAGUGUUGUGCGUUCCAGCGAUCAUGCUAGCUUUAUGGGAGACUCUCAUGAAACUUGACGUUGAAGAUAUAUGUCUGAUGGACACUGAUGGACAUC